AUGACGUACCGUUCGUUGUUCACAGGGCUGCUUGGCGCCCUUCUCUUAAGUGCCCCUGGAGAUGCGACGGCCGGGAGCAAGGUUCCCAAUUCUUCCCAGGCCGGAGCGCCACUUUUCGAAAGUGAGACGGUACAGUUGACAGACCAAUCGCUCUCGACUCUUAACUCAAGCCAGACUGCUCUUUUUGGAUUUGGCAAGAAUGCUUCGCGCCCUUCCACCUUGCAAAAAGGCCAGUGCCGAUUGUUACCAGGAGACAAAUCCUGGCCUUCUGACUCGGUUUGGAGUCAAUUCAAUGAGCUUUUGGGUGGUGCUUUGAUUAAAACUGUGCCCCUGGCAGCGUCCUGUUACCCCUCAUCGCCUGAAUAUGACAGUGAGACGUGCAAGAAUGUCACUGAUGAGUGGACUAAUUCCAAUCUGCAUGCGGCGGAUCCCGCAUCUAUCAUGUGGCCUCUAUUUGAGGGAAGGUCUUGUUUACCCACUGGGCUUAACAUUUCUUCAUCCUGCACCAUCGGCGGGUACAGCAGUUAUGCGGUUAAUGUGAGCAAUGUCGCUCAGGUGCAACUUGCAGUCAACUUUGCUCGCAACGCGAACCUAAGACUUGUUGUCAAGAACACUGGUCACGACUUCAAUGGCAAGUCGACUGGGGCGGGUGGUCUUGGAGUUUGGACACACAACUUGAAAGACCUUGAGUAUAUUGCCGAGUAUAACAGCUCAAGCUAUCAGGGCCCCGCUGUCAAGAUGGGUGCUGGUGUACAGGCCUUUGAGGUAUACGAAAAGGGUGAAGAGCUUGGAUUCACUGCUGUUGGUGGAGAAGGCAAGACUGUUGGUGUUGCCGGUGGAUAUGUGCUUGGCGGCGGCCAUUCUCCUAUGUCCAGCAUCUACGGCCUGGCCGCAGACCAGGUCCUAGCCCUCGAGGUUGUUCUCGCCAACGGACGAUUCGUCACCGUAACUGAACAAACCGACCCGGAUCUAUUCUGGGCUAUCCGUGGUGGCGGUGGUGGCACAUACGGCGUCGUCACCUCAGUCAUCUCCCGCGUACACCCAAAGGUUGGCGUAACCGUCUCAACCUUCAGCUUCGCCACCAGCGCCAACGUCUCAUCAACCACCUUCUGGGCAGGCGUCCGCUCAUACUUUGAGCGAUUCCCUGCCCAUGCCGACGCCGGUACAUACGCCUACUUCUGGGUAUUGUCCACAGGAACAGACGCGUUCGAAUUCCUCAUGAACCCCUUCUUUGCCGUGAACCACACUCUAGACGAGUUCAACACGCUGGUCAAGCCGUGGUUCGACGACCUCAAGGCCCUAGGUAUCCCCUUCGCUCCAAACUCAACCUACUACGACUCUUUCUAUCCCGGCUGGGACGCUGGCUUCCCUCUCGAGACAAUUGGAAGCGUAAGCAUGAUGACCGGAAGCCGUCUGUUCCCUCGCGAGAACUGGGAAAACGCGACAAAGUUCAACGAUACCAUCUCCGCCAUUCAAAGUACCGUGACCGCAGGCUACCCGCUGCUCGCGUUUAAUUUGAAAGCGGAACUCCCGGCGGGAUACGCAGAUGACGCUUCGAACCCGGCUUUCCGCGAAACUUUGAUGCAUGCUAUUACCUCUACGCAGUGGGCUGCGAAUGCCACCAAUGCCCAGAUUAAUACCACCAUGAACAAACUGACUUAUGAUGCCCUUGGAAAAUGGCGGGCUACCUGUCCUGAUUCUGGGGCUUAUAUGUCUGAGUCGGAUAUUUUGGAGCCCAAUUUCCAGCAGGCAUUCUAUGGUACGAACUACGACCGUUUGUAUAAGUUAAAGCAGCGGUAUGAUCCGACAUUCUUGUUCUAUGCCCCUACCGGUGUGGGCAGUGAGAACUGGGAGCUUAAGAGUCUGGAUGGUCUUCCUGAUCAAAACGGACGUCUUUGCCGUGUCUGA